AACGUGCAGUGCGGGCCAGGCCAUGGCAUUAGCAUCGGCAGUUUGGGGAGGAACGUGAAUGAGAAGGACAUCAAAGGGAUAACCGUGGAGAAGUGCACCUUCACCAACACCGACAAUGGAGUCAGGAUCAAGACAUGGCCCUCUGCCCCGGCCACACUCACCAUCUCCGACCUCCAUUUCAUCGACCUCACCAUGGUCAAUGUCAAAAACCCGGUCAUAUUUGACCAGCAGUACUGCCCAUGGAACCUUUGCUCCUUGGAUAAGCCUUCCUUGAUCAAGAUUAGCAACGUCGAGAUUAUGAACAUCAAGGGAACCACCGCCACCUCAGAGGGGCUUAUCUUCUCUUGUAGCAAAGCAAAGCCUUGCGACAACAUCAGGAUCGGGGCUAUUGAUCUCAAAUACAUUGGAAAAACACCCGCAACCAUCACCACCAGAUGUGAAAACAUUAAGCCCAUCUUGUCUACCAAGCAGAAUCUCCCCGUGUGCUCGGACUCUCUUGCUUCCAAGCCACCACUUAAAUAG